AAAAGUGUAUUAUAAGUAAUUCAAGAAUAAACUUUCAAUUGUGAAUGUGGGGAGUAGAAGAGUGUAAUGGCGUCAAUAUCAACCACCACUUGGCUCUACCGAGGUAAAGUAUGCACAGAGAGUGGAAAGUCCGGCAAUUGUCUUGUGCAGAGACGGGUUACAUGUGGAUUUCCAAUCAAGACAUUACAUGUUGGGAUUACUUCUGGGGAUCGGUCAUUGCGACAUUGUAUCAAAUGUAAGAAAGGGGAUGGAGAUAGUGAUGGUGAUGCAAGUGAAGGCACUAGAAAGAGUGAAGAAGGAUCUGAGUAUGUGACUGUUGAGAGGCCUCCUUACUAUAGUUAUAUGGAUUCUACUUCUGGGAAACUCGAGCCAGCGUCCGGGGCUCGGGCUAGUAUUCCAGGUGAAGAUUAUUGGCCUGAAGGAACUUCGAGCCGGGUUAGAGCUGCUAGGGCUCCUCAACCAGCUGGUGAAUCUUCGAGUUUCCCUUCGUAUGGAAAAAAUCCUGGAAGUAGGAGAAAGAAGAAUCGGAAAGCAACUGAGGAGAAUGUGACAGUUGAAACGAGUGAUGAAGUAUCGGAUUCUGAGGAUAGCUCUGAAGAAGAGGAAAAUGAUUCCUCGGAUGGGUUUGUUACCUAUAACAAUGAAUUUGAGGGAGAAGAAGAGGAGAGUGGUUUUGAAUUAGACAAAAAGCUUGGGCGGCCACAUGCUUUCAUCGAUCCUACGAAAAAGAAGCAGAUUGAAAAGACGCUCACGGGCGAUGAAUCGUGGUGGAACUGGAGAAAACCGGAGAAAGAACAAUGGUCAAGAUGGCAAAGAAGACGUCCUGAUGUUGAAACGGUUUUCCUCAAGGCAAUGGCAGAAACAGGACAAGUGAAGCUCUAUGGGGAAGAACCAACACUCACAGAAACUUCUCUUUACAGAGCAAGAAGGCAUCUUUUCAAGGAAGAGAGGCUGCAAGCUGAGCGAGAGAGAUUAGCUAAAGAAGGUCCAAUGGCUUUUUAUUCUGAAUGGGUUAAAGCAUGGAAGAGAGAUACGUCGCGAGAAGCUGUACAGAAACAUUUUGAAGAGACAGGUGAAGAUGAAAAUACACAACUGAUUGAGAUGUUUUCUCAUCAGACAGAUCGAGAAUACCGGAUAAUGAUGGGAACCGACAUUAGGAUCAAGAGAGAUCCCUUGGCAAUGCGGAUGAGGGAGGAUCAAAUUAAGCAAAUUUGGGGCGGGGAUCCAGUUUACCCGACAAUUAACUACAUUCAAGAUCCUAAUGCGGUUAUGGAUUUCAGAGGACCCGAUUUUCAUGAGCCGACACCAAAUAUGCUUUCUUAUUUAAAGGAGAAUGGCAAAGUCAUCUCAAGAGAGAUGCAUGAAGCUCUACUAACAAAAGAAAAAACUGAGCAGCUCGAGGUGCCUGACAUUGAUGAUGCAAUGGCACAAGCUGUUGAUAUUGGUGAAAACGAUGACGAGGAAGAUGAUGCAGAUGUAGAAAAAGACGACGAGAAGGUGCCGAGGAACUGGAGUGUCUUGAAGAGUACCCCUGAGCUUCGCACCGCCAAGCCUAAACCAAAGAAGGAAGGUCGGAUGUCUCUAGACGAGGCCGUGGAUGAUUCUGAGAACUUGACUGAUUUUCUCAUGGACUUUGAAGAGGAGACUGAUCCUUAAACCCCGGUUUUUGUAUUUCUUUCCGGUUCAAUGUAAAGACCUUGUUAAUCUAGGUCAACAUUUUUUUGUUCACUGGUUUUGGCUUGUAUACUUGGAAGGGAUUGUAUCAUUUAGGAGUGCAGUUUUGAAAGGAUUGAAUAUAUUGUAUUAACUACU